GUUGCUUUCAAAUUUCAAACAUUUCCAAUUGUAUAUACUAUAAGAAGGAACGCUACACAAAAUUAUGUAGAUGUUCUAAGAAGAGUGAUAAAUAUCACAAAGUUAAAGCCUAUAGCAAUAUCCAUUUUUCAAAAGGCGGAACAAAAGGCACUGAGGAUGUUUCCACACACGAAAAUUAUUGGCUGUUUCUUUCAUUACAGUCAGGUACUGAAAAAUACAAUAAUAAAAGCUUACCUUACUGAGCACCAGAAAAAUAUUAGAAAUUUUCUGAAACAUCCUAAAUUCUGAAAAAGAUUGGAGUG